AUGCACGAUAGCAACCCAAAUAAACUGAACUGCACUCCAACAAAACCACCCACACCAAGACACCAGAAGGAAGAAAAAGACACCAUAAAACCGACAAGCACACCCACACCCGCGUCGACCCCGUCCGGAGACGUCCCGCCACCAGGCGAUGCCCCUCCGGCGGCUGUUGACGUCGGGUACCUGGGUAUCCCCCAGGCAAGUGUAACAAACAAUUACAAUAUACCAACAAAAAGCUCCCCACAUUUUUGUCUACCCCUGUCAUUACCAACUAGCACAUCAUCGACCAGCCAGACGACGACCGACCAUGUGGCCCUCUACUGUCCCCCAACGGCCGUUGAGGGAACAAGCAGAAGAACCGUUAGCCACGAUAAAAUAACACCACCAAAAACAAUCAUUCCACUCGGGAGUAACCAGCAACCAUCACACACAAGACAUUCAAGGGAAAUCUCCGGCGUUCCGGACUCUCUCAGCGCCCCCGCGUGGCGGGGGGCCGAGGGAAAGACACCCGACUGCUUACUACCACACCUCCUAACCAAACCCUACGAAAACCAGACAUCCAAAGCACCCACCGACAGCCACCGCGAACCCAGCCCGAUACCUGGCUGCUCAUGGUACAAACCUUACAUCAGCAACAUACAGAACGACGAGCAAACAAACUAUGCACUCAACCACAUCACUGACCAGCCAAAUCGGAACACCCGCGAACCAGCCACGGACUACAAAUCGGUAGAAGAAACAUCGAACGGAUCCAGAAAGCGCAACGAAAGGAGAAACCCGAACCUACCUCGGAACCAUACCAAGCCAUACAUCAACACCAACAAAGGAAAAAACUCCCCUUCCAGCUCAAACUCCGACCGAUCAACCUCAUCACACACGCAAAAACACUGUACUCUGGCCGUGCAAUGGAACAUCAAUGGCCUAAGGCCAAAUCUAGGCGACUUACAGAUGAUGACAUCACGCAUCGACCCCCUAUACCUUGCCAUUCAAGAAACCCACCUAAGAGACACCGACCCAUCUCCAUGGUUGAGCAACCGAUACCUAUGGGACCUCAAGAGUGGAGCAAACAUUUAUCAGACCAUCGGGCUUGGCAUCCGGACCGACCUCCCCUCCGACCCGGUCACUCUAGAUACCGACUUGAUAGCAUUAGCUCGGCGCGUUUCAUACCCUACCCCAUGCACCAUCGUAUCGAUCUACAUCCCUAAGGAGGUUAAAGAUAUGAAAGACAAACUAAAAAAACUCAUCAACCAACUACCAAGCCCGUUCUUAAUAAUGGGUGACUUUAACGCCCACAACACGUUUUGGGGAUCAAAACAGAGCUGCCAUCGUGGUAAAUGCAUCCUAGAAGCUGCCGAAGAGACCGAUUCAAUUAUCCUGAAUGACGGAAACACCACUUUCCUACGCGGACGCGCUUCCUCCGCAAUAGACAUCACCAUAUGCUCAAACUCACUCGCGACUGCGUGCGGCUGGUCGGUCGCGCACGACAAGGGAAACAGUGAUCACUUCCCAAUCGAGAUAACUUACAGUUGCACACCCCCAUCCACCUCACGACCCAAACGAUGGCUCUAUGACCAGGCCGAUUGGGCUUCCUACGAAGACAACGUUUCAGAUAUGCUGGAUCGCGACCGUCAAUACUCACCUGAGCAACUCUCCGAAAUCAUAGUCCGUGCGGCUGAAAGCAGCAUACCUAAAACUAGUGGAACUCCGCCGCACCGUGCCGUCCACUGGUGGAAUCCAGACGUGGAAAAAGUGCUAAAAGAAAGACGCAAAGCCCUCCGAACACUAAAAAGAACUGCCCCAAUCAACCCUCACUGGGAGGAAAGAUCCGCAGAAUACAAAAAGCUCCGGAACCAAGCAAGGAAAGCUGUAGCAACCGCAAAAUCUGACAGCUGGAACGAAUUUUUGAACGGGAUUAGUCCAGACACAUCGACAUCAGAAAUGUGGCGAAGAGUAAACGCACUGAGCGGUAAAAGGAGACAAAACGGUUUCUCCCUCAUGGCAAACGGGAAUUUAAUCGUUAAUCCAAUAGACAUAGCCAACGAGAUCGGCAAAUACUUCGAAAGCCUCUCGUCUAACGAAUCCCUUCCUAGCACUUUCAUGAAGCAAAAAAUAGAAUCUGAAAUCACCCCCACCUCAUUCGUACCAAACUCGAGACAAGCAUACAAUCAACCCUUCUCGGCUACCGAACUAGCAGCCGCACUAGGAGCGGUACGCAGUAAAUCAGCAGGCAUCGAUGACGUCAGCUACCCUUUACUCAAACAUAUGCCCCCAGUAGGAAAACGAGCACUAUUAGAUGCCUUCAAUCGAAUCUGGGAAGGCUCUCCCAUACCGGAUGCUUGGAAAAUCGCGGUAGUAAUCCCCAUCCCCAAAAGAUGCCAAGGAGUCAGAUCUCCAAGUGACUUUCGUCCAAUCAGCCUCUUACCUUGUUCCGCAAAAAUCAUGGAAAGACUCGUCAACCGCCGUCUGACUACCCUCCUUGAAAAACGUAACUUAUUGGACCGCCGACAAUUCGCAUUCCGGAAGGGACUAGGUACCAACAUCUACAUGGGAUGCCUGGGUAACUGCAUCAACAAAGCACUAGCUGACGGCUCGCACAUAGACAUCGCAAUUUUAGAUAUUGCCAAGGCCUACAAUACUGUUUGGCGCGAAGGUGUCCUACGACAAUUGCAUCAGUGGGGAAUCCGUGGGAAUCACGGUCUCUUCCUCAAACAGUAUCUUAACAAGCGAAACUUCAAAGUCAGGAUUGGCGGGCACCUGUCCAGCCAAUUUAAUGAGGUCAACGGCGUACCGCAAGGCUCUGUACUGGCAGUCACGCUGUUCCUCAUCAGCAUGAACUCCAUGUUCGCGACCCUACCCAAAGGCAUACACAUAUUCGUCUACGCAGACGACAUCCUACUAGUGUCUAUCGGAAAAACAAUUGCUCGCACAAGGAUAAAACUACAGUCAGCAGUCAACGCCGUAGGCAAAUGGGCCUGCUCGGUAGGAUUCAACAUCUCCGCACCAAAGUGUGUAUAUACACAUUGCUGCGCAUCACAGCACCGAGCUACGGAUAGACCGAUAAAACAUAACGGAGCAAACAUCCCUUUUAAAAAACAACCAAUCAUACUAGGGGUAACGAUCGACCGGAAGCUAACCUUCAAGCCUCACUUUCAGAAGGUAAAAAAGGACUGCGAAAGCAGGAAAAGGCUGAUGCGCACUAUCACCUCACGUCACAAAAAAUGCAACAGACAGACCGCUCUACGCAUCUGUCAGGCCAUCAUACAAAGUCGGGUGUUCUACGGCAUUGAACUAACCAGCAGCAACUGGAUCGAAUUAGUAAGCACACUAUCCCCACUGUUCCAUGGAGCGAUUCGAAUCGCUUCAAACUUACUCCCCAGUUCGCCCGCAGAAGCCACAUGUAUCGAAGCCGGCACCCUGCCCUUCCAAUGGACCACAGCAGUAGCCAUCGUUAGGCGAGCCCUAGGCUUCCUAGAAAAGACGUCAGGAAACGACUGCGUACUCCUACAAACGGCCAAGACCGUAUACGAGAAUUUCGCAGGAACCCGCCUUCCGAAACUAGCACGACUACUCAGAGUGACUGACCGUCCGUGGUUCGAACGCGGCCCAAAUCUGGACAUUAGUCUCUCCCACCUAAUCAAAGUUGGAGAUCCCCCAAGCACUAACUUAGAACGAUACAACCGACUAGUCAAUCGCAGGUAUACCAACCACACCCGACUAUACACAGACGGGUCUAAACUGGAUGAUAGCGUUGGAAUCGGAGUCAGUGGUACCGAACCAGGUCUCGCACUCCGCCUCCCCCCAUCAUGCUCUAUUUUUUCGGCGGAGGCUGAGGCAAUCGUUAUCGCCACUUUAAAAAAACCAGAAAACAUACCCACCGUCAUUUUCUCGGACUCUCUAUCCGUAAUCUCAGCUCUACAAUCCGGAGAAUCACGGCAUCCCUACGUACAGCAAAUCGAACAAAACUGCGAUCCACUCACAACACUAUGCUGGGUACCCGGCCAUUGCGGCAUACGCGGCAAUGAAGAUGCAGACCGUCUAGCCGCCUUGGGCCGACGAUCGCGAACCUUCCACACCAAAAAAGUACCGGCAUCCGAUAUCGCUAACUAUUUCGAAAGAAUAGCCACCGACCACUUCAUAGCGCACUGGCGUAAUCAACCUGGCCACACCCAGAAAAUUAAGGGUUCACCUGACCGAUGGGUCGAUCGCAACAACAGAAUCGAACAAAAAAUACUAUCACGCCUACGAGUGGGACACACCAGAACGACACACGCCCAUACCAUUUCCAAAGUCAGCCCCACCAUCUGCGGAACCUGCAACACCAGAUUAACAGUAGAACAUAUCCUAGUGAACUGCAGAGGAACAGACACUACUCUCCUUCCUCAAGGAAGCCAACCUCCUCGAGUCCAUAUAACACAACAACUUCAUCUUCAACAACAUCCUGGCCCUCUGCCACAUCCAGAACGGAUGAUGGAGAGGAUUCAGGUGGCCACACCACCUGACACCAAGCAAACAAGCCUACCGACAACCGUACGCGAACGAAUACCACCACCACCAUCCAUCGCGGGCCCUCCGCCACACCCGCAAGGGCUCGUGGGGAGGACUUCCGCGGCCCCAGCAGAACUAGGACCAACCAGCACUAGACCAGUCGGCGAAUGA